AUGGCGUGUUUCCUGCCAUGCGAAGACCUAGGUAGCAAUGUCACUGUUAGCAGAGAAGAGUUCCUUAGCUUCCACAACAUCGAUCGUCUUCUGUUCAGCCGUUUGGUGGUGGUGCUUGGUCGUGACACCAGCCACUCCACACAUGUCAUGGCCUUCUUCAUGUGGCUUGAAAAACAGUGCAAGGACAUGUGCAUGGUGAAGAACUUGCUCCAAUGGUCAGACCCCAUGAUUAAUAGCCUUGCAGAUGAGGUCAUGUUGGUUUUGAAGUGCAUCGAGAGCUCCCAUUUCCCUUAUGAUGAUGCUGCUUUCAAUGAUGAGAACUUGCCUUUGAUCAGAAGCAUCUUGCACCAUUCCACAUCCUUCCAAUACUUCUAUCAUAACCGUGUGGUCAUCAUAGGAGCAGUGACCAAGUUGCUGAACAACGUUUGUUUGAGAGCCUUCGAAGACAUAGUGAAAGAAGUGCAGUAUAUGAAGGGUGUGAGGGAACAGAAGAUGGAAUUUGGAAAUAUCUAUGGAGGAAGUCCUUAUGUGAAACAUGUGGUGUAUCAUGCUCCAGUGCCUGCUGCAUUAGCAGCACCACCACAAUGGGAGAGCAAUGCCAAUUCUAAUGUCAAUGCCUACCUUCCUAUGCAGAGUUAUGACGUUUCAAAUCAACAUUUCAAUGAGCUUGUUGCCAUGAUGAAUCAAACUAGUAUUACUUCUACAGGCAGUGAUCAAACACAGGAGGUGGCUAUUGAUGAUAGGAUUAUCUUCAUGACAUUCUCUAAGGGCUACCCUAUUUCUGAAGCUGAACUUCGAGCUUUCUUUUCAAGGUACACAACUUCUGCUUACUCUAAAAAUUAUACAUAUAUUUCGUUUAGAUUCACUCAUGUGCUUUAG